UCAUUUUCAAGCCUUCAUCUUCACAUGGGCCAGAAAUCUCAUUCAAACACCGGACUGUGGCAGGCUCCUGGGUGAGCAGUGGAUCUCUGUUCCCCUCUCCUGGGGCUCUUGGAUGGGACCUUGCUCUAGAAGGAGCCAUGGACCUCUGGCUUUGGUUAAUUUACUUCCUGCCAGCCUCUGGAGCUCUGAGGAUACUCCCAGAAGUCAAGCUGGAAGGGAUGCUGGGCGGAUCUAUUACCAUUGAGUGUCCACUUCCUGAAAUACCUGUGAGGAUAUAUCUGUGCCGGGAGAUGCCCGAAUCUCAAGCAUGUAUGACUGUGGUGUCCAGCAAGACCUUUGUCAAGAAGGAAUACAAGGACCGAGUCACCAUGAAGCUGUAUCCAGACCAUAAUCUGUUCCUAGUGGAGGUGACAGAUCUGACCAAGAGUGACAGUGGAGUGUAUGCCUGUGGGACAGGCGUGAACACAGACCGGGGCAAGACCCAGAAAGUCAUCCUGAAUGUCUACAGUGAGUACGAUCCAUUCUGGGAUGAGCCGAUGCCUAAGGGUCCACCGUGGUUUCAGAAACUUCCACAGAUGCGGCUGCCCCCUUGGUUCCGGAGCCCUGAACAUACCCGUUCCUUGGAAUUCACAUCCAAAGUAACCACACCAGCUCCAAGGACAGAGGCCCCAACAACACACCAGUCCUCCCCCACCACCACAAUCACCCGUCGCCCUCGAGUUUCCAGAUCGUCUUCAGUGGCAGCUGCCAAGCCCACCACCCUCCUGCUGUCCACCACAGGCUCAACGACCUCAGCACCGGAGAGGCUCAGGCCCCAGACAGCCAGCUACAACCAUCACACCAGGCAUUACAGGCAGAGAGCCUUCAACCAUGGCCCCGCGUCCCGAAUGGAAGACCAGGGGUUUCACAUCCUGAUCCCCACCAUGCUGGGCCUCCUCCUGCUGACACUUCUGGGGCUGCUGGUGAAAAGGGCCAUUCUAAGGAAGAAAUCUCUCUCCAGGCGGGUCCGCCGACUGGCCGUGAGGAUGAGCGCCCUGGAGGCCUCGCAGCGGUCUCUGUCGCAGAGGCCUCGGGUGUCACCGCGGCCACGCUCCCAAAACAACGUCUACAGUGCCUGUCCUCGACGCGACCGGGGGGCGCACGCUGCGGGUGCGGGAGAGGCCCCAGUGCAGGGGGCCGGACCCUCUGCGCCACCCGCCCCGCCGCAGGUGUCUGAAGCUCCCUGGCCCCAUGUGCCAUCUCUGAAGACCAGCUGUGAAUAUAUGAGCUUCUACCACCAGCCUGCUGCCAAGAUGGAGGACUCUGAUUCUGAUGACUAUGUCAAUAUUUCCUGCCUGCCUCAUCCCUCCAGCUGUCCCCCUGGGCCCAAACCUUGGUGCCAAUGAGUCUUGUUUGUCUGCAGGUUUCCAACACCUGCUCCAUCUAUUUUCAGAGCCCUCAUUACCUCCCACACCCCACCUUGAGUCUCAUCCCUGUCUGAUUGCCCAGAGUAUAGCUCAGGCCCGACACCUCUUCUUGCACACCUUUGCAAAGUCCUGUGGCUUUCAGGUGGCUUCUGGCAUGCAGAGCAUUUGUCCCCAUACCACCUGCUUCCUUUUCAAGCCAUGUAACAGGCUGUGGGAUUUGCAGACUAUCUUUGAUCACAGGGUUUUUGCUGUCUUGGCUCCAGACCAUGUGGCAUUGGGCUGGAGCAUAGGCAUAGCUGUUGCUUCUGGAAUCCUUCCCAGGCCUGUCUUCCUACCAAUAGAUGGCCACUGGACUGCACUGUGAGGACAUGCCGCAGCCCUGUGAGCUAGGAAGAGGCCAGGUAUGCACUGCCCUUGGCAACAUCUUUGCCCUGAUCUUAAUUAAGGGUGGCACUUACUUGUGCCCUGAGAUAAGGGCAAUUUCUUUUGAUGUGAUGAAGGAUUCUAAAUUUCCACAACCAUAGAUAUCUCCCUAUAUCCCUAAAUCCUCUUUAAGUCUCCUUUCCUUGAUGCUCAUAAGGACCCUAGAAAUGCCCCUUUUUUAGAAAUAGUUUUUGAUGCCUCUGUCUUUCUUCCAUGCCCCAACACUGGUAUUUGUGCACUUAUCUAACGUUGCUCUAUCUUAGCCAUCCAAACCAUUAUAUCUCUCUGCUUGCAGAAAUGCACCUUAUCUCUUUGCCAGUUCCAAGUAAUUAUAGCAAGGGGAGUGGGGGAAUCAUGGCCUGGGAUCCCUGGAGAGCCAGGUGCUCAGCAAUAGCACUUAUGUCAUGGGGGAAGAGUCUCUUCCAUAAACUCUUCCACUUAAGUUUUCUGAGCAAGGGUAUAGGCAGACACUGUAUCUUUAAACUGAAGUCAACGACAAAGUUCAACUAGAGCCUGAGACUAGAGAAUGCCCAGUCUUGCUGUUAGGAAUAAGGUCUUUCCCAAACACACAACUCAGCCUCACUGGGCACUCAUCUGGAAAUAGUAAGGCAAGACUGCCAAGCUUGAGUCCCCUGCCUUUUAUUAGCAGGGAAUGUCAUCACAGAUUGGAGAGUCCAUCCAGGUACAAUGUCACCAUCAGCAAUGUCUGCUUGACUCUGGCACCUGCUCAAGUGGCAGAUCGGGGAAGAAUGAGUAGGAUAAGGAAGGAGGUCAUCCAAGGGGAAUGGAUGGUGGGAACGGACUGGGGAGUGUGGGCAAGAAAUGAAAUGCUUAGUGAGCCUGCUUUGUGUUGGGCACGGAACACAUUCUCUCUUUUCUCAUUUACAUUUUAAACUGCCCUUCACCCCCACCCCAUCCUGGAGUUGUCAUGACAAUGCGAUUUCCAUGCCCAAAUGUUCAACUUUAUAUCCCACCAUCCCUCAUCGUUCCCCAACAAUUCAAAGACAUUUGAAAAAAAUCCAGCUUAUUAGUCAUUUACUGUUCACUGCCCCAUAUGGUUCCAAGGAUCAUGGAGGAUAAAAGAGAAGCCAGGGGCAUUGACUCCGGUGUCUUCACAGAACUUAGUCUCACAAAUAAAUAUAACAUCGGUUAAAACACUGACAGGAAUUAAAUAGAGUUGUAAUAAAUAUAGGCACCUGCUUCAUAGAUUAUUCACAGCAUCUGAGGGAAACUUUCCUGACUUAGUUGUUGGGGCCACUUGUAGAAUGAAGUCUUUGGGGACAAGCCUAGACCAAGAAUGGGACCCAUGGUCAGGGGUGUGAAGCACCCAGAGAACAUCACAGGAAAUGACAUUGUGUCACUCUUGAAAUGACAUGGAGAACGAGGAAGGUAUUCUGGUCCAGGCCUUCAGAGCUGGUAGAAUCUCUGCAUCCAGGUCAGGAGAAAGUCCACUUCUCCAAAGGCUUUGAUCUGAGCUGCUUCUUUGUCCAGCUGAAGGGAAAGAAGAGUUGAGGGUCUGCCAUGUUAGCCGCCAGCACAAGUUUCCUUCCGCCCCACCCCUGGCCUGACUCCACGUCGUGGGCAGCGUCCCCUUUGGAAUGGCCUCUGAUGAACUCUCCCACCGAUCACUCGUCCCCUGUCUAUGUGUGUUGCCUGCUUCAGGAUUGAGGACAGUGGGACAAUGCGUAGCAGGGGGUCAGAAGCAAGCAAAAAGCAUCUGGAGCCCCUGAUAACAAGAACCAUAGAAUCUGGUCCGCCUCCUGAGUCCACUGUGCAGAUGGUGAUACUGAGGCCCAGGUGGUCGCUUCCCUUUGUGUGUUACUGCUUUUUGUUUAUUUUUAGGCUGAUGUAUCUGUUCCUUUAAAAAGUGAUCAAAAUCAUAUAUGUUUGGGGGGAUGGAGUAGCUGGGAUGAAAUUUGGAUUUUCUUCGUUGUAUUAAUUUGGGAGAUGUAAUAUAUUUUCCCGUGGUUUUUUUUUUUUCCCUCAGCAACUAGACCAUUUGAGCAUUAUGGAAAAUACUGUGUAUAGGGAUGUGUAUGGAGGGGUUACGGGGUGGUCUCCCUUCUUUCUCCCUCACUUCUGACUCCAAUUGUCCAGCUCAAGUACCCAUUAGCUUUCUCACAAGUAAAAUUCUCAGUAGUGAAAUCAUCUUAUAGAGAAAUAUAAUGGCAUUUUAAUUUGAAAACUGGCAGGAACAUAUAGUAUGUAAUUUGUGGUACUUAUGCAAAAUACAUGCUAAUCCCUGUGGGGAAGCCUGGAGGUCACCUGCAUUGCAUUUUGCACCAGGUCUCCGAGGCAUCUUACUGUGAGAGUUCAAGCAAGCCCUGAGCUCCUGGCCUGGAUUACCUUUUUAAAUGCUCUCUGGAACAGCAGAAACCUCCUGCGUGCACUCUCACGGAUGGAAAACAUCUCAUUUUCCUGCUGGGUAACAGAAAAAAAGUUGUGCCAAGUGUUGGGCAGGAGCCGAGGCAAGCCCCCUCCCGCUCCUUCCUAGUGACGCCAGAGGGGUCCCAAGGCCUAAGAGGACAGCGCUGAGUCCACAUCCUCAAGGAGCCCCAACAUGUGGCAGGGCACCUCUAAUUCCCACAGCCGACUUGCCAGGUGGGGGUGAUCAUCUCAUUUUAUAGGUAAGAAAACUGAGGGCCAGAGAGGUUGGGCACCUUGCAAAAGGCCAACCAGCUGGUUAGAAGCAGGGCUAGACUUGAACCCAGAACUGCUGGUGCACUAAGCCUGUGCUCUUUUCACUUGACUCCCUGUCAUGGAAUAAAAGCCAGGACCAGAUAAGGGGAGGGGAGUCCUCUCAAAGCGCACCGUUUUCCAUCGGCCCUGGUCCCAACUUUGUUCUACUCACGCUGGGUUGUAGUUUUGACAGGAUGACAAUAAAAUUGUUGGCCAGAGUAGAGAAUGACUUCAGGAUCCUGAGCUCAGUUGCCUUCUUAUGGUAGUUUUUGAAGACGGUAUUCAAGUAGAAGUUCAGCAGAGCACGGACGAGGUAACAGCUUUCAGCGUCCUGAGGAGGGACUGGGUCACAGUGGAGCCAAGGCCCCUGCCCACCCGGCCCUGGAUAAACCACCCAUGUGUCUCCAAGGCAAGAUGGGCACAAAAGAAGCAGGGAUCUUCUAGGAGAUGUUGCUAAACGUUCGAUCCGAAGGAGCCCUCGGGAGCGUGAAGGGAGGCGCCUUUGGUUUCCUGGAGGAACCACAGACCCAGAGAGAAGGACUUGCCCAGGGCCGCACAGCUAGUCAGUGGCAGACAAGGCCUCAUUCCCAGGACUCCUGACUCCCCACCUGCUUGAUACUCUUUCUUCCGCACCCCAUGACUUCCUUAAUAGCCAUGUGAGGUGAUAGACUCUGAAAAGCACUCGAAACUUGGUGGUUGUGAGUUGGCGGGGAAGGGACUGGAAGGAGAAGAAAUGAGGAGAAAGAAACAGCACCCUUGAAACAGGGAUUGCACUUCCGUCCCCUCAAGUGCCAGAGUACAGCGCAGCGCCUGCAGGGAUCAGGGUGGUAUCUGUGUGCUCACUGACCGGCUCGGUAGGCAGCGAGAAGACAGAAAUGGGUGAGAUCAAAGGAUGGAAACAGAAGAGGCCCAAGCAGAUGCAAAGAGAAAGGUUGAUAGUAACUCUGAGUAAACGGAGACAUGUUUAUGAGCCUGAACCUCCACCCUCGCCCCAUGCCACCACACACAUGCCCACCUAACCCAGGUCCUGGGUGAGGACCCCAUGCAUUAACUUCCCUGGCUCACUGCCCGGCCCUGUCCUGUGUAGGCCCAGCUGGGACAGGAGUGAGGUCAUCUGUCAGCCUUCCCAGACAACCCCUCACCCUCACCCACAGCAGACCAGCCAUCGUCCUCCCCCGAGGAGGUCUGAUUACCGAGACGUUCUGCAGGACCUCCCUCCGCAGCAGCCGGACAUUCAUGAUGUUAUCCUGAGCUUGCUUUGGGAACAGAAAGAAAAGAUGUCUUCAGGUUGGGAGACGGCAUAGAAACCAACCGUGCAAGUACAUGCUAAAUCGCUCUGGUCUGUGAGAUCUCAGAGGCCAGAGGGGUACCCAGGAAGGUCUGGGCUGAGCUGGCCCUGAAGGUGGAGAUCCAGGUUUCAGCCACAGAAAAUGACUGAACUUGGCCCCCAGGGGCAGAUGCAAUCCCAGGAGUUCUCAGAGCCUUGAUCAGAGACCUGUUUGAUUCCUUCGGCCAUUUGAGACAGGAAGAAAUAACCAUAUUUGGUUUAAGAACCACUACUGGCAGGAUUUUCCCUCCUUUUUCCAUGAGGGUGGGAGGUGGGGCUUUUCUCACCCUGGAGCUUUCCCUGCAGCC